CAAAGGAGCUGUGACUCUGUUACAGCAGGUGUAUGGUGGCACCUAUAAACACCUGGCUGCAUCAUUUUUCAAACAGGAAAUCGAAGGUGGAGAUGCACUCUCUGCCAGUCUGGUUAACCUGAUGAAUCAACUGGAUGGCUUUAUCCAGAACAUCUCCAAACUUCCAAACCAAAACAGCACUGAAGAUGUUGUUCCGCUCAUCAAUAACCUGUUACAGUCCACACGUCUGACACCACUUCUGCGUUUGUUCAUAAGCGACGGUCCCGUUAAUGUCUCCACAUUGCUUGAAGUAGCCUCAAAGCUUGGCAGGCUCAACCAGCACAUAUUUACCUUCAAUGAGACAGAUCCAACAAUGCCUAACCUGGAACGGCUAAUAAUGCACUUCCUCUCCUUAGAGGGGAACCUGACAGUGCCUGUUUCCCACAUCAUGGGGCACACUCUGCUUAUCUAUUCUGACUACUUCCACCCUGACGAUGUUGCCCGUCUCAAAGAAGCCAUUCGACCUUUUACCAAUCAGACCUCAGCUGGCCUUGUAGAAGCCAUCCUCAGUGCCAUGGAGAUACUUAAGAACCUGAUGGAUGCUGCAAACGGUGAUCCGACUGACAUCAUUCUUGGGUACAUACGGCAGUUUCAAGAAUUUGUGAUAUCACUCUAUCGACUGCGAAAAAUUGAACAUCACCUGUUACCAAGCGGAAACCUCAGCUCAGCUCUAGUCACUGACCUUCAUCUGCUUUCCAUGGACUUCAUCAGACUCUUCACUCCUGAGAGCCUCCAGAACCUCACUCAGGCUGGACCAGAUGCUGCCCAAGACCUUAUUAUCCAGAAGUUUGUAGCAUUCCUACCACCUCAAGUCCAGCAGAAUGCUACUAAAUUUCUCCAGGAUUUCAAAACACUGCAGUAUCACAUGUCCAAAUGUGCAGCAGGCCAGAACUGUUCGGCUGGAAUUUCAGAAAUCUUUGAGUUCCUGGAUCAGAUAUUAGACACAAUGCUCUCAGCAAAUGGCAAUGUCACCAUCAAAAUAGCUUUAACCAAUUCUGUCCAGGGGGGACUUGAACGUCAAGAAAUUGCAUCCUUGUUCUUCCCACUCCUCCUCCCAACAAAUGACGCUGCCUAUGUGGAAACAUUUAAACAGGCCCUUCAUUUCAUCACAUUGGUCAUGGCUACACCAAAUCUCACAGUAUCCGAUGUCCAGAAUGCCCUGAGGCAGUCAAACCUAACUGUUCAGGAUCUGAAAGACAUCACUGUACUAGCUGGGGCUUCCAACAUCAAUGACCUGAUGGUAAAUAUGAUGGAGAUUGUCAAUGUCCACCAGUGUUUUGAGCCUCAGAAUGACAUGACGGUGACAUCCCAGUGUGUUAAGGGAUUGAUAAACAGGGUCAGCGGUUUUCUGGCACAUGUACCUGCUCUACGAAAUCACACUGCUGUCCUGUCUUUCAUCCCGGUAAUUGUCAAUAAAACUGUCAGUGAUAUCAUCCGUGUUAACUUCAGCUCCAGUCCUAACGAAGUUGUUGCACAAACCUUGAACAGCACACUGGCCGAUAUCAAGAUGAGCCUCCAGCUGAACCACCUGGCCACUCCCGAGAUCAUGAAAGAAAUCGGAGUAGUGGAGCGUCUGAUAAAACUGAUUUCUGACAUGGAGCCAUAUGAGAAUUUCAACUCCACCUUGAUGAAGGACCCUCUGUAUGCCCAGAAAGAGUAUCUACAGCUUGCAGGAUGGUACCUGAAAAGACUAGAAAAUAUCACCAACAACAGUUCAGUGUCAGAGCUCCUUCAACCCUUUUUUCACAUGGCACAAAUGGAAAUGACAUUACAGCACGCACAGCUAAAUUUCUCUAUGUUUCUCACUGACAAGGUUGUCUUUCUGAUGGAAACCCUCAAGUACCCAAUAGAUGGUGCAGGACUGACUAAAAUUGGCCAGACAACAAUUGAGAUUCUUCGGCACUACUGGGAAUUGAUAAAGUUCAACUUAGUGGCUCAGAAUGAGUUUCAAGGUUUUCAGGUUUUCAACACAACCAUGCUGAAUGCCACUGGACACCAAAUGAAUGUCUACCUUGACGACGUACAGAAGUGGAUGACACAGCCCAAUGUCUCAUCGGUCCUUAAUAGUAUGCUCCAAUGGGGAAACUCCUCCAUGACACCAUCUACCCCUUUGACAGACAUCCAGCAGUUGCUUCAGACGAUCGCUAACUAUCUCAGUGAAGAUCAAGUGACCUACCUCUCCAAAAUUGGCAAUAUCACCCAGUCCCUGAACAAAGCCUUAAUGGUGGCAGAGCAACCUGGUGGCCUACAGAGUGAAGACUUCCAAGCGGCCAUAUUGGAAAUAGUCAAAGAAGCUAUGGAGCUCCUAACCAACGUCACAGCUCCACUACCGCAUCCUGUACAGCAGAAUAUCCUGGGAAUUGUGCAAGAUUCUCUGAAUCUCAUUGUCCAUCAAAACAUGAGUUUUGCUUCAUCACGUAACAUCUCCCUCCUCAUCCUGAAGCGAAUGGAGGAAGUCAUUGAACAAAUCGUGCCAGAAAUGUUCGCGGAAUACCUGCUUUCUGGAGUCACGGUGGUGACCACAUAUUUUGAGAGCAUCUCUGAAGUCAGUGGUCCGGACAGCUGGAAUCAAAUAAUUUUGAAUGAGUUGAAGACAGUCCGCAGCCUCCUGCCGCCAAACUCCACAGCCCAGACCUACAGUUCUAUCCUCAUUAACAUCACUCAUCUCAUCUUGGAGUCUCGCCAAGGGAACAUGAGUCUCUGGGCAAGUUUUGAGAAUCCGACAGUAGAAAAUGUGCCACAAAUAAUUGGCCAGAUGAUCAAACUCUUGAGCAAGGUUUGGCAGCUUGUCAUGGGAGGCACAGGCUCACCAGUAACUGUUCCAUCUCUGGAGGGUUUUACUCAUCUUGUUCCAGUAAUAGAGCAGGUGAUGACUGGAAAAGCAGACCAAGACACAUGGGACAAAUUCGAACAGAUGCUGAAAGCUCUGUUGUCAGCCCUUGAAGGAGAACAAGCAUUGGACCCAUCUGUUAUCCAAGUGUUUGAAAAAGUCAUUGAAAGUGUGGUGAAGAACAUGCAUGCAGACAACGUGAUGAUACACAGCCUUCAGAUGCCCGUGGUGACUCUGAUGACAGAGAUGGCACAGUCUGUGAACAGCAGUCAUUUCAACCUGUCUGAGGUCUCGGAAAGAAUGCAAGUCGCCAUAGAACGCACAGUAGAAGCAGCUCAGCAGGCCAAUGGCACAUUGAAGUGCAGUGAAGUUCUCCAAGUAUGGGAGCCAGUCAGAGAAGCAGCAGGGUUAAACCAUGUGACCGUGGCUAUGUGGUGCAACAUCAGCCUGCAGCCUGUUUUGGAGGCCCAUGCUGCAGCCCAGGCUGUCUACUCCCAACUGAACACAACUCACAUGGGUGUGGGACCAAUCAAUGUGAGCUCCACGGCCGCCAGGAUUGUCAAGGCUGUUCGGUCUCUCUACCAAGUCAGCAUCAACCACACAGUAGUGAUAGAGAAAUUCAUGAUGACUUUCAGCAAACAGCUCUCCAUGCUUACAAGCCAGCCUUUGAGCCCUGAGGCAGAGCUUUACUUGUACAAGCAGCUCCAGGAUAUGGAGUUGCAAAACAGUUUGUCUUCCAUGAAAAUGCUCUCAGAUGAGUUGCUUCGAGUGGCCCCCUACUUACGACCGUACAUUGAAGCUAUGAUGAAAGCACUGACAUACGUCCUGGAAAAUUCUCAUCACAUUCAAAACAGCAGCUCAUCCCAGAAGCUCUUCGAAGAAGCAGCAAUGAUUUUCCUGACCUCUGCAAACAUCACCUCAUCUGACAUCCUCCCCAUGAUGUGGGGAAAUUUCACUGGCCUUAAUGAGACAUCUCUGACUGACAUGAUGAAAGAUGCGGUCAAACUGAUGAUCGACAUGAAGAUAUUGGGGGAUGCGCCAAUGGUUUACCAAGCCUUGGAGGAAUUUCUGGCGGACAACGGCACAAGCUUGAUCGUGCAGAAGGUGGCUGAGAUGGUGGAGUGGUUGGCCUCCACUCAAGCGUCUGGACUGGAUCUGCUGAGUCAGGCUCUGCCCAAAAUACACGACAUCCUCAAGCCUCUCUUGUCUGUCCUGGCCAAGAUGAGUAUGGACAUGCAAGCAAAUGUGGAACUGUUUGAAAGUGUAGCUGGAAACACAAUCGCAAUGCUGAAACAGUUGGUAAGCACCGGUGGUCUUCUGUCCCCCAUGAACCAACAUCCCAGGAUUCAGUCAGAUAUGAUGGGCAACAACCACACCCUAAGAGUUCGACAAAGACGCGAUGUGAUGAAGAUGAGAGGCCCAAUAGAUGACUUCAUAGACCUGAUCGACAUUGACUACCGAACAAUGUUCAAAGCCCUCGCUGUCCGUCCUACUGCUGCAGAAGUUUUGGAGACAGUCCACGUGCUCUUUGCCAAUCCUGAUCUUGCUGUUGUUGUGAAGGGAGCUAGCAGUGGCAUGCCGUGGGGCAUAAACGCCUCUCAGGAAGAGACCAUUGACGGUGCCCUUGGGUUUGUCUCCUCCCUCACUGUCCCUGGCAUGUUUCCUAUGCCACCACCAGAUGUCCUAAUGAAUGCUGCUGAUAUGCUCCCUGAAGGUUUUCCAUUCUCCUCUGUGAUUAAAGAUAUCAUCAGAGCGCUGGCCAACGAAUCUCAAGAGAGCCUGACGCUGAUGCAGCAGACCUACCAAACAGCCACCGACCUCGUUAAGAUCAACCUGACAGACCCGCAAUUCACAAAGCAACUGGGCCACCUGAGAUCACAGGUGUGUGUCUUGGAGAACACGGACUCUGCUCGCGCAAUAAUGGAGGCCCUCUCUGUAGCACCUGGCCAGCUCUGUCACACCUUCAUUCCCCUUCUGGAAGUCUUGGUUGAGAGUCUUCAAAUGAACACCAGCGCUAUGUCCGAUAUCAUCUUCCAGACUGUCAUUGGAGAGCCAAUGAACUACAAUUUCCAUGCAAACUGGAGCUCUGUGAUGACUCAAGGUUUGGGCUUUAACGCCAGCAGCCUGAGGUCUCUCAACAUUACCGUCACCUCCCCAGGAACGAUGACAGUCGGUGAUAUGCUGAGGAAUCAAACAGCCUUUGUUUUGGACGUUGAACGACACAUGAAUUUGGAUCCAGCAGCUCUUCAGCUCCUGAUGGAUACCACUCUGCCAAACAAUAAUUUAGAGAUCCUUUCCUGGCUGGUAAACCUGCGUCACUGCAACUCCACACCAUCUGCAAACAUGAGUCAGACAAGUGCGACCAUCUUGAAGACCUUCUGCUCCAUGUCCGUGGAGCAGUGGUACGAAUUUGCUUUGCUGACAGCUCGGCAUGCGAACUUGGAAAAACUCGCCUACAGAUUUGUGCUGUCUGAAGAUAUGCAGAGCCUGGUGGGAGUCAUGAUUCAGAUGACUGAAUUUAUAACAGACAUGAUGGACAACUUUCUUCCUGCUGUCAGUCAACUGCAGCGCUACAUGCUCUCCAUUGAAGAUCUCAACUUAGUCGCCAGCAAUCAAUUUAGACAGUUGACAAGAGGACAGAGGAGCACCAUCUCUUCCCAGGCUACAUUUGUGACCAUCUCUCAGGCGUUGUGUAGUAACGGCAUCAUGGCUCUGUUUGGGAUCUCCCAACUCCCUGCCACUGUGGAGUCAAGUCCCUCCUUCUCCAACAACGAAGAGAGGGAGGAGAUGAUUGAGAGGUUCAAGAUUCCACGAAAUGCCACUCCCUUCUGUCAGAACAUGUACCUGGACAUGGUCAACACCACAGGAGGAGCUAUUGCAUGGGCCUUCCUCAAACCAAUGCUGAUGGGAGAGAUCCUGUAUACCCCAGACACACCCACCACCAGGGACAUCAUGAAAAAGGCCAACGCCACCUUGCAGGAGUUUGCAAAUCUAAGGAAAUAUUCCGAGGACUGGAUUGAAUCCUCCAGCUACAUCGUACAGUCUGCUGAACUCCUCAGCCACACUCUGCCAAUGCUGCAGAAUUCCCUCGGCAAUUCCUUUGUGAAGAAUUUCAUUGAGAUGCAGACAGACGUCAAUGUCGGCAAAAUGAAGGAGAUGCUCAGCAACUUCUCUAACAUGACACUGUUGUUGGAGCAGAACAAACACAUCCUGAAGCAGAUCACCACCUUGUCCACCUUAAUGGUGAGCCUCUCCUCCUGUGUCAAGUUUGACCGUUACCGUGGCUUUGACUCUGCCGACCAGCUCAACUCUGCAGCUCAGGAGCUUGCCAAAAACCGCAAUCUCUAUGCAAGUGUCAUCUUCAAGCUUAAAAAGGAGGAUUCAUCCAGGAAGGCCAGAUCAACAUCCUCCCUGCCUCCCAAAGUCAGCUACACCAUCCGCAUGCAUAUGGACAACGUCAUGCGUACCGACAGAGCUAGGAGCCCUUUCUUUGCAAAGGACACACACAAGCCGGACAGUUAUAGCAUGCGCUACAACCGUGGAUUUAUCUACCUGCAGGAGAACAUUGAUCGGGCUAUCAUUGAGAGCCAGACCGGGAAGAGAGUCACAGACACAGCUGUGCAGCUGCAGCCCUUCCCCUAUCCAUGCUAUCUCAGCGAUGAGUACCUGACGGCCAUCUCUUUUGUCUUCCCGCUCAUGCUGAUGAUCGCCUGGAUUUUGUUUGUGGCCCAUUUUGUGAAGAAACUGGUGCAUGAGAGAGAGCUGAGACUGCAUGAGUACAUGAAAAUGAUGGGAGUGAACCCGCUCAGCCACUUCUUUGCCUGGUUCCUGGAGUGUGCCGCCUACCUGGUGUUGACUAUCUUCAUUCUCACGCUGGUGCUCAAGUACGGCAACAUCUUGGCCAACAGCGACGGUUUCCUGAUUUUCCUGUACCUCUGUGAUUACGGCUUGAGCAUCCUGGCCUUCAGCUACCUGGUCAGCUCCUUCUUUGACAAAACUUACAUCGCUGGUCUGAGCGGCAGCCUCCUGUACAUCCUCUGCUUCUUCCCCUUCAUCAUAGUCCUGGCUAUGGAGACUAAUCUAACCUUUUCCCAGAAGACUGCUAUGAGUCUGUUCUCGCCGACCUGUUUUAGUUACGCCAGUCAAUAUGCUUCUCGCUACGAGGCCCUAGGAGAAGGAAUUCAGUGGAGCAACUCGUACACCUCGCCCAUGGCUGGAGACACCGCCUCGUUCGGUUGGCUGUGCUGGAUGAUGCUCAUUGACUCCAUCCUCUACUUCAUCAUCGGGGGUUACAUCCGCAUGGUCUUUCCAGGAAAAUAUGGCAUCCCUGCUCCAUGGUACUUCCCCUUCAAACCCUCCUUCUGGGCUGACCUGUGCGGCUGCAUUCAGUCAAAGAGCAAAGCGGGCAACGGACUUCUCUUCACAAACAUCAUGCAGAGCAGCCAGCCUAUUCUCUCCGAUGACAAGGGAAAAGACACCAGCAAUCUAUCCUCCCAGAUGGGCGAGAAUUUCUCAGAUCUCCCAGUGGGCGUUUCCCUCCACGGUCUGAGCAAGAUCUACGGUGACAAAGCAGCCAUUGAAAACCUUAACGUUUCCUUCUAUGAGGGCCAUGUCACCUCGCUGCUUGGUCACAACGGAGCCGGCAAGACCACCACGAUGUCGCUCCUGACUGGCCUUUUUGCUCCCACUUCGGGCACCAUUGAGGUUUAUGGCAGAGACAUGCAGAAGGACAUCGAUGCUGUUCGGAAAGACAUGGGUGUCUGCAUGCAAUAUGAUGUUCUCUUUGAUCACAUGACCACCGAGGAGCACCUUUUGCUGUAUGGCCAGAUCAAGGCUCCGCACUGGUCGAAAAGAGAGCUACGUGAACAAGUCCGCACGAUUCUGGAGGAGACAGGCAUGUAUGCUCACAGACACAAGCUGGUGGGCACCCUGUCAGGCGGCAUGAAGCGCAAACUGUCAAUCUCCAUCGCCUUCAUAGGGGGCUCUCGCUUGGUGGUUCUAGAUGAACCCACCACAGGAGUCGAUCCGUGCUCCAGGCGCAGCAUCUGGGACAUUGUUAUCCAGCACAAGAAACAACGCACCAUCAUCAUGUCCACCCACCAUCUGGAUGAAGCUGAAGUGUUGAGCGACCGCAUCGCCUUCCUGGAGAGUGGAGGAUUGAAAUGCUGCGGAUCGCCCUUCUACUUGAAAGACAAGCUAGGUCAAGGCUACAAACUCACGCUCACCAAGAAGAUUCAAAACUCAGAUUCUGAGCGGAUUGACAACGCUGAACUUAAGGCCUUCAUCCAAAGCCAUGUACCUGAAGCACGGCUGAAAGAGGCCCAGGGGGGCGACUUGGUCUACUCACUGCCCCUCACCUCUUCCAACGCCUCCUCAUACCGCUCCCUGCUGACUGCACUGGACUCCAACCUGGACGCCCUACAGCUGGGGGGCUAUGGCAUCUCUGACACCACACUAGAGGAGGUGUUCCUCCAAUUGACUCAUGGAAACAGAGAAGCUGAAGAUGGCCUAGUGUCUAUCUCAGAGACGGUCUCUGACACUGCAUCCAUCGACAGCUUCCAUUCAGACCACAGUGAAAGUGGCUCCAGCUUCGGUGACAAGAUCAAGCUCACCAGUGCAUCCACGGUGCAAGGCAUGGCCCUGGCCUGGCAGCAGGUGUCAGCCGUUCUCAUCAAGAGGUUCCACCACAGCUGCAGAGACUGGAAGGGCUUGAUAUCCCAAAUCCUGCUUCCUGUUCUGUUUGUGCUGUUCGCCAUGGGCCUGGGCUCAAUCAAGAGCGACCUGCGUCACUAUCCCGAGCUGGAGCUCAGCCCUGCGCUCUACAACAUCGGGCCCAGCUACUCUUUCUUCAGCAACCAAAACCCCAGCUCCAGCCGUCUGGUGGACACCAUGAUGUCAUUCCCAGGGAUCGAUAAUGCCUGCCUCGACAAGUCUGAUAACCUGGUCUGCACAAGAAACACAAACAGCUGGAGUUCCAGAGGGAACAGCUCCAGCACAUUUAAUGUCUGUAAAUGCACCCAAACGGAACAGAUUUGUGAUGUGAACAACUACCAGCCACCACACAGGAGAAUCCCCUCCUCUCAGAUUGUUUCUAAUCUGAGUGGCAUCAAUGUGGAGAACUAUCUGGUGUCCACGGCCAAUGACUUCAUCAGGAACAGGUAUGGUGGCUUUGCUUUUGGCAUGCCGCUCCCACCUGACUUGCAAAUGGACAUCACAGCCGUGCCCGAAAACCGUACGCUCUCUAAGGUCUGGUUCAAUCCUGAGGGCCAUCACACAAUGCCAGCAUACUUAAACAGCCUCAGCAACAUCCUCCUACGCUCCAAUCUUCCUGCAGACAAGGAUCCACGGAAAUAUGCUAUUUCAGUUUCCAGCCACCCCUACUUUGGCCGGGCGGAUGAUGAAGAUGCAAUCGUCCAGGGAAUGCUUCAGAUCAUUGUGGCGAUGUGUGUGCUGACGGGUUAUUCAAUUACAACAGCCAGCUUCGCCAUCUAUGAGGUUCAGGAACACCACAGCGGGUCCAAGAGGCUCCAGCACAUCGCUGGUAUCAGCGAGCCUUUGUACUGGGCUGUGAACUUCUUUUAUGACAUGAUCGUCUACCUGAUCCCAGUGACGUUGACCAUUGGUGUGAUCGCUGCCUUCCAGAUUCCAGCAUUUACAGAUCGACAGAACUUGGGUGCUGUCUCGCUCCUGCUGGUGCUCUUUGGGUUUGCUACCUUCCCAUGGAUGUACCUCUUAUCGGGUGUCUUCAAAGAUGCAGAGAUGGCCUUCAUCACCUACGUGUGCAUUAACCUCUUCAUCAGUGUCAACACCCUCAUGUCCACCUCCAUCUUCUACUUCAUGAGUCAGAUUUCAAGGCAAAAUCCUCAGAUCAUCCAGGACAUCUUCAACACCCUGAACCAUGUCUUCCUCAUCUUCCCACAAUUCAACUUUGGGAAUGGCAUGCUGGAACUGGCUAGGAUUAACAUUGAGGUCCAGCUUCUCAGUGGCUACGGAAUUGACGCCUAUAAGAACCCGUUUUCCACAGAUGCCCUGGGCUGGAUGUUCAUCUCUUCCUUCAUCCAAGGCACAGUCUUCUUCACCCUGCGCCUCCUGCUCAGCAAGUCUAUCAUGCGCAGCAUCAGGAAUCUGUUCUGCCGCACCAAGGCCGUGCCCAAGGUGUCUUGUGAUCACCAGGAUGAGGAUGUGGUGGCCGAGCACCUUCGGGUGGCCAGUGGAGCAGCCAACUCAGACAUACUGCAAGUCAACCAGCUCACUAAGGUCUAUCAGCACUUCAACAGGAAGGUCCCUGCUGUAAAGAGGCUAUCUGUGGGCAUCCCUGCAGGAGAGUGCUUCGGCCUGCUGGGACAGAACGGAGCAGGAAAAACGACCACCUUCAAGAUGCUGACUGGAGAUGUUAGUCCUACUGAUGGCACCGCACAAAUCAGGGACAGGGAUGGGCGGUUGGUAGACAUCAUGGAGUGCCGUAACAAGGGAAUUAACAUCGGCUACUGUCCCCAGGUGGAUGCACUGGACAGUCUGCUCACUGGGGAGGAGCAUUUGUACUUUUACGCUCGCAUCCGUGGCAUCUCAAAGAGGCAGAUAGACGGGCUCGUGAACUACCUGCUGAAGAGGCUGGAGCUGAACUACCACAGAAAGAUCAUUACUGAUAGUUACAGUUGCGGCACCCGCAGGAAGCUCUCCACUGCGCUGGCUCUCAUUGGUCAUCCACAAAUCCUCCUCCUGGAUGAGCCGAGCUCCGGCAUGGACCCUCGCACCAAGAGACACCUGUGGAAAAUCAUCUCUGAAGAAGUGAAAGGAAAAUGUGCCGUGGUCCUCACCUCACACAGCAUGGAGGAGUGUGAGGCGCUGUGCAGUCGUCUUGCCAUCAUGGUGAAAGGUCAGUUCCGAUGCCUGGGCUCCCUGCAGCACAUUAAGAACAGGUUUGGCAGUGGGUUCACUGUGAAGAUGUACUUGGCCGAGGCCUCCUGUGAUGCCGAGGCAAUCACUGGCUUCAUGCAGCGCAUGUUCCCCAGCACCUAUCUCAAGGACCAGCACUCCGCCAUGGUGGAGUACCACGUGCCAUUCGCUCCUGGAGGGGUGGCUGACAUCUUCGACCGGCUAGAGUCCAACAAGAUUGCUCUGCAGAUCAAACACUUCUCUGUCAGCCAGACCACACUGGAUGAGGUGUUCAUCAAUUUUGCCAUGGGGAAGAUUGGCAUGGAAACCAUACCAGUUGACAACGAAGACGAAUAUGAUGACUUUGACUCCAUUAAGGCAGUACGAACAUAGAAGUCUGCUAUCUUUCCUCUGACACUUUGUCCACUGUGAGGUGAAACACGGUGUCUGCUUAAUGUAAAUCUGCCCUUAAAAUAUAUGUGAAAAAUAGCAGUUUAAACAAUUCAUGUUGUAAAAAUAUUGCCUAUCUUUUGAAAGUCCCUUGAAUGAUUAUAUGAAGGGGUAAAUGACAUUUCUAUCUUUACUAAAUCAAACACAUACACAUUUGCAUACAUGCACAGAUGAAGUUGAUAAAUUAGUCUCAUGUUUAUUACCUGUUUCCCUUUUCUUGCAGAUCACGACUAUUCUUGUAUGUUUACUGUUAAUUCUCCGGAUUUAAUUAUUUAUGAAGGUUAAACUUAAUUGUGUGUAAUUUAAUAUUUUCCCUUGGUGGUUCUCUUCACCACUAGAAUAUUUUCAUAAAUCAAAACGAAAUAGUUCAUUCUAUUUACAAUUACUUUAGUUUGAGCUUAAUGCUGACAAAACAUGAUGUUACAUUAUCUUCAGGCACCCUCACAAUAAAUAUAUAACGUGUGAGGAAGUACAUUUAUUAAUCUGAGGUAAUUAGGCCCACUAGAUGAAAUCUGACAAAAGAAAUAUUCACUCAGAACUCGAUACACACUUUUCCCCUUCUCAUUAACACUACCUCUAAGGGCAUUGCUAACUUUUGGAAUGAAUAUACUGCAUAUUUAAUGAACUUUCCUGCUUAUGAACCAGCUUCACAUAGUCUUGAAUGUGUCGAGCCUAUUUUUAUAAAUGUAAUAAAGGUAUUUUUCAAGUGCAA